AUGGUUUACGUCCAGAUUUCUGAAUUGAACCUUUCCAGUGGAAUAGAGGAACUAGAUUCUUUAAUUGGUUCAACUCUUUCAAGUGAUAUUACAUUAUUUGAAAAGAUUUCAUCAUCCACAUAUCGUGUGCGCAUUAAUUCUUCUGAAAAGAAAGUGGAGGAAUCCCAAUUAGAUACCGAAGACUCUGGAGCAGUUGAUGAUGACCUCGGUGACAGUGGUACAUGUAGCAAUGAUGAUGAUUUUGGGUGCAAUUCAGGAAAUUCCAAAAUGAAAAAGUUGACUUAUAUGAACCAUGGCAAAAGUAAAGAUAACAUGGUGAUAGUAUACACCAAAAUUGAUGAGAGCCAUCUAGGAGAAGUAUGGUUGUUAGGAUUGACUGAAGGCAAAUAUUCAAAUUUAAGCAUUGAAGAAAAGUUGAGCGCAAUAGCGGCUCCAAUUGAUCUUCUUCAUGCAGGUUCUAGUUUCAUAAUGGAGGAAAUGCCCAACAAGGAUACUUUGGCAUGGACAGCUAUGAUUUCAGUGCUGGCUCUGCGUGGGUUUGGCAAUGAGGCUUUUGAUAUUUUUAGACAGAUGGAAACAACUGGGGUGAAGCCGAACCAUGUGACAUUUGUUGGGCUAUUGUCAGCUUGUGCUCAUUCUGGUUUAGUAGAGAAAGGUCGCUGGUGUUUUCGUGUGAUGAAGCGUGUUUACUUAAUUGAACCGCAGCUCUAUCACUAUGCAAACAUGGUUGAUAUGCUUAGUCGUGCCGGGUUGAUAUGCUUAUAA